CUGCCUGUCUUCUACGCAUCUGCAUGCUUUGACCUUUAAUUAAUGAGUAACUCUCUAUGUGCCAAUCAUUUCAGCAACUCUCAACUACUGGCAGACACUGUUGAAGAUGAAUGCUGAGGCAAAGAUCACCAUACACGUGGAAGAAUUAAACCUUUCUUCUGAUUACAAUUACAAUUACAGUGACGGUUAUGAUGAGUCCUGUUGUGGACUUGUGUGUGAUCAGGAGUCUAGCAUGUACUUUGAUUCCAUUUUUAUUCCGGUCCUUUACUCUCUGGCGCUGGUGGUGGGGCUGGUGGGAAAUGGGCUGGUUCUGGUAAUACUGUGGAAGAAGAGGAUGGGCUUGAACGUUACCGACAUCUUCAUCCUCCAUCUGAGCUUAGCAGACAUUCUGCUGCUGCUAACGCUGCCCUUCUGGGCUGUAGAGGCAGCAAAUGAGUGGAUCUUUGGCACAGCGCUCUGCAAGCUGACUGGAGCUCUCUUCCAGAUCAAUUUCUACUGUGGCAUUUUCAUGCUGUCCUGCAUCAGUCUUGACCGCUACCUGUCCAUUGUUCAUGCAGUGCAGAUGUAUUCUCGUAAAAAGCCAAUGGUGAUUCACUGUUGCUGCCUGAUGGUCUGGCUCUUCUGCCUUCUGCUCUCCAUUCCUGACUGGAUAUUACUCAAGGACUACAAGGAGUCCAGACGUCAGGAUAAAAAACAAUGUGUUUCAUUUCAUCAGUCUGAUGCUUGGCGUCUGUCCCAUCGUCUGCUAUACCACAUUUUGGGUUUUAUUCUUCCAGCACUAAUAAUGGUUUUCUGUUACACUUGCAUCCUGCUGAGGCUGCGGCGUGGCUCCCAGUGCAAACAGAAGAAGAGGGCCAUCCGUGUCAUCGUAGCCCUGGUAGUAGCCUUCUUCAUCCACUGGACGCCCUACAACAUCACCCUCAUGGCUGACACCAUAAAAACAAAUGGGACCUUCAAUCCCAGUAACCAAACAUCCUGUGAAAAUAUCACAUCAUUGGAUGUAGCUCUCACGGCUACUUCCACACUGGCCUACUUACACUGCUGUGUCAACCCAGUCCUUUACGCUUUCGUGGGGGUGAAAUUUCGCCAGCACCUGCUGGACAUGCUGAGACCACUGGGCUUCACACUGAAGGGCCCAGCGGGUCUGAUGUCACGGAGGAGCUCUGCAUGGUCAGACUCAGUGGACACCUCACACACGUCUGCUUUCUGAAAUAUCAUAUGCAAUCAAACUGAUAUAUGCAAGAUCAGUCAGCAUGUCAUCUUUUUAUGCAGCUUUUAACUCCAUUAGUCAGAAGAGUUUGGCUAUAAAUAUGCAAGCACUGCUGUUAACACCAAGGAUGAUAACUAUAACAAUAAUAAUCAUUAUAAUUGUAUGAGAAUACAGAAGUUCACACCUCAACUAUAAUAUUCACAAUAUCAUUGGAAUCAAUUUCAGAAUGAUUUCCAGUUGAUGAAUGAUAAAAAACAUUGACAGCCAAUCAGAAUUCAAGCAACUUUAAAGAGAUUGGGCAUUAAAAGCUGCAGAUGACAAAACUGUAGUGCACAUUUAUGACAAACACAAUUUAUCGUUAGUUGGUGUGGACACUAAUGUUUAUCUUCACAGUUAUCUUUAUAGUUAUUGUCUUGGGGUGAACAGGUCUUAAGUCUCAUGACAGUGCUUUUUAGUAUGCAGACUGCAUGAUAGUCUUGUUUAAUCUUACUUUCAGAUAUUUGUCUUUGCACAUGUGGCAGCUACUUUAGAUUCUCAGCUGUUCCUAACCAUACUGACUUGUUACAGCUCACAUAUUUUAGAGAGCAGAUAAAAAGUUUGUUUUUUUAUAAUGGCAGAUUUUUCACAAAUAUUUACUAUUAUACAUUGUUCUUUUAUGUAUUGUUUAAAGCAGUGGUUCUCAAUCCUGGUCCUGGGGGUCCACUGCUCUGCACAUUUUGCAUGUCUCCCUUAUUUAACACACCUGAUUGAGAUCAUCAACUCAUUAGGAGAGAGAUCCAUGAACUCAACUAAUGAGCUAAUGAAAGGGGGGACAUGCAAAAUGUGCAGAGCAGUGGACCCCAGGACCAGAAUUGAGAACCACUGUCUAAAGUGUUCCUAAUUUUGUUGUAAAUACAUUUUCAAAACAUCCUAUGACAUGUCAUUUGAAGCAGGAUUGGCCAAAUGUGAAUUUUGGUGCUUAUUGUCUUCUUAUAUGCUCUUAUGUUUUGACGUAUAAUGUCAUUCAACCUCCCUGUCUCAUUUUUGCGCUGCAUAAAACCUGUAGCUACAAUGUAAGAAGUCUUCUUUAAUGCUGUAAACUGGCAUAUAAUAAAAUAGAACAGAAAUUAUA